GUACUGUUCGUUAGCACGCAUCAAUUUUUACUAAAUAAAGAAGUUAUACCAUUGCCAUACCAUAACUACUCCCGAGGAGCAGUUAAUUAAAACCCGGUUGAUACUUGAUACAGAGCUUACGAAGCGAAUCAGGAUCUUAUUAUUAAAACAGGAAAAAAAAAAAAUUAAAAAGAAAUCGAACCGGCGGCGAGUACCAACCUCGGAGUUCGAGCCAUGGACGACUACGCCGCCGCCGCGGCGAGCAGCAGCGGAAGCGGCGGCGCAGGAGGAGGAGGAGAAGGGCGCCGGCGCAGCUACUGGCGGUGGAGCAAGGCGGACCUGUUCCCGGAGCCGUCGUUCCGGAGCUGGGGCGCGUACGGCGCGGCGGUAUCGGCGACGGCGCCGAGGCUCCGGGAGCGGCUCCUCCACCGGUCGACGUCGGCGGAGGAGCUGGUGGUCCUCCGGCGCGAGAGCGAGCACCCGCUGCGGCGCUGCCUGUCGUGGCUGGACCUGGCCCUGCUGGGCUUCGGCUCCGUGGUGGGCUCCGGCAUCUUCGUGCUGACGGGCCUCGAGGCCCGUGAGGCCGCCGGCCCCGCCAUCCCGCUGUCCUACGCCGCGGCGGGGCUGUCCGCGCUGCUCUCGUCCUUCUGCUACGCGGAGUUCGCGGCGGAGGUGCCGUCGGCGGGGGGGUCCUUCUCCUACCUCCGCAUCGAGCUGGGCGAGUCCGUCGCCUUCCUCGCCGCCGCCAACAUCCUCCUCGAGGCGCUCGUGGGCGCCGCCGGCCUCGCGCGCUCCUGGACCUCCUACUUCGCCGCCCUCAUCGGCCGCGACCCGGACUCCCUCCGCAUCCACGCCCCGGCCCUCGCCGCCGGGUUCGACCGCCUCGACCCCAUCGCCGUCGUCGUCCUCGCCGCCACCUCCUCCCUCGCCGCCGCCGGCGCCCGCCUCACCUCCUCCCUCAACGCCGCCGCCUCCGUCCUCGGCCUCGCCGUCAUCGGCUUCGUCCUCGCCGCGGGGUUCGCGCGCGCCGACCCGGCCAACCUCUCCCCCUUCCUGCCCUUCGGCGCCCAGGGCGUGUUCCGCGCCGCCGCUGUGGUGUUCUGGUCCUACACCGGCUUCGACAUGGUGGCCACCAUGGCCGAGGAGACCCGCGACCCCGCGCGCGACAUCCCGCUCGGCCUCGUGGCCUCCAUGUCGGCCAUCACCGCCGUCUACUGCGCCAUGUCCCUGGCCCUCGUCAUGCUGCAGCGCUACGACCGGCUCGACCCCGACGCCGCCUACGCCGUGGCCUUCGCGAGCGUGGGCAUGGGCUGGGCCCGGUACGUGGUCGCCGCGGGCGCCCUCAAGGGCAUGACGACCGGCCUCCUCGUGGGCGCCCUCGGGCAGGCCCGCUACACCACCCAGAUCGCCCGCGCCCACAUGAUCCCCCCCUUCUUCGCCCUCGUCCACCCCAGGACCCGCACCCCCGUCCACGCCACCAUCCUCGUCACCGCCUGCAGCGCCGGCGUCGCCUUCUUCUCCAGCCUCGACGUCCUGGCCAGCGUCUCCUCCAUCAGCACCCUCUUCAUCUUCAUGCUCCUCGCCCUCGCCCUCCUCGUCCGCCGCUACUACGUCAGGGACGCCACCCCCGCCCCGGCCCUCCGCAAGCUCUCGCUCCUCCUCGCCCUCAUCGUCGGCUCCUCGGUCGCGCUCUCCGCCUACUGGAAUUCGUCCCACUCGGAUCGCUGGGCCGGCUACGCGGUGCUCGUCCCGCUCUGGCUCGCCAGCACGCUCGCCCUCGCGGUGCUCGUGCCGCAGCAGCGGGCGCCCAAGGUGUGGGGCGUGCCGCUCGUGCCGUGGCUGCCGUCCCUCUCCAUAGCGAUGAACCUCUUCUUGAUGGGCUCGCUUGGCUACGCAGCCUACAUUCGGUUCGCCAUUUGCACGGCGGUGAUGGUGGUUUACUACGGGCUAUUUGCGCUCCACGCGACCUACGACAUGGCGCAUCAGGUGGACAAGUUUGCGGAGUCCAAGGACGACGAGGGAGUAGGAGAUGGGGAUCCGGACGUUCUGCCGAGGAACUAGUUACUAGUAGUCAUUGUGGGGAAAUAACUUCUUCUCAGUUACCGCCCACCAUUUUCAUCUGCGUCUGUCUUAUUUUGAAGUGUCAAUUGUGUUAUUAUACUACGCUGUGAUGAUUUAUUGUCGAAAAAUUGAUUAUUCGAAAUAGAAAAUUCUUGUCAUUGUUCUUGAAGAA